CCUUACCGGUUGACACUUGGCACCCAGCCAAAAAAGAGCAGGUUCACACUCCUCACAAAAUUCAACACGGCUUGAGCAAACAUUUUGCCCCAGCACAAAACCCCACAAACCAACAUAAAGCACACACCUCAAAGCACGAAACAAUAACAUAGUUCACCAUGUCUAGCCGACAACAACGCAACACCAUCAAUGAGGAAGAAUCCACUAUCUUCCGCUCUGUUCCACGGGCUCCUGCUAGUGUAGGCAUGGCACCUCUGCCAUCUAUUCCUGCUCCGCUUGGUCUGCGGCCUCUUGGAGCGCCAAAGCGAAGUCUUGAGCUCCCCAGCAAACCCACCAUGAGCACCAGCGCCGCCGCUCCUUCUAGCCUUACCUGGAAGCUUGACGAAGACAGCAUCCCCACAGUCCCUGAGUACCCUCUGGAGCGAACCAACAUGACCUGCAACGCCUCCAUGAGCCUCGAUCAGAUCACUCAACGCAUCGCCCGUGUCUUGGAAGCCGCGAACCUGCAAUGCAUGUUCCACGAUGACGAAAGCGCCAGCUUCGCCGAAGACGAAGAGAUCCUCUCUGGACGAGUCGACUGCACUAGCCAACACUCCGACCUCAAGAUUGUCGUUCAACUGUGGCGCAGUCAUACCAAGGAAAUCAUUGUCGAAGUCCAGAGACGGCGCGGUGACGCCAUGGCCUUUUCUGCCGUCCGCAAGCCGCUCUUCCGCACACUUCAGAGCAGCACUGGCGCGUUUGCAGCAGGACCCAAGAAGUUCACACCGCCGCCUUUCAUUCCCAACAAGAAGUUCCGUGUCUUGCCACCCAGCAUGAUGGCAGUAUAAACAAAAAGCACAGGGAGCUACUACUAUUUUGUACAUAACCACUAAGGAAUCACUCUUUAACUC